UCACAUAUGUGCGGCGUAAAUACAUAUAUAUCUGGAAAGGAACGUGCCAUAUUAACUCGUGACACGAUGAGCUCGUGUGAUUCAUCCUUUCCGUUUAUUAUCAUUGAACGUAUUUUUAUAACUCUUCGACUCUUUGUGCCUGGUUUUUCUACUAACCUCUCGAUCCGAUAUCCAACCCUCGCAAAUAAUUCAGAAUUCCUCACCUACUUAAGAUUAGAAAUAGCCCAUGGCCACGAGACGGGCGUAUUAUUGACCCCCAUGUGACUUCCAUGCCUCCGAAAUUUCGGUGGCUCGUGUCGCCGUCUGAAACGAGAUAUUCCUUCUGAAUAUCUUGCAGAAAAUUCCCAUGUUCGUUUUAUCUAAUCGCGUUGACUUCUGCUCUCAUUUUCUCAUGACUACGAGAAAAAAUAUUCUUCAUACACGUAAUUCAACGCUGUCAAUGUAUUAAAAACUUUCAAUCGUCCUUCAAUAUCCAUGUUUAAAAUUUUAUUCAGACAUUUCUACAGCCUUCGUGUGAAACGUACAUCAUACGUCAUAAUAUAAUAACGAUGAUUCUUGCAAGCCAGCUUGCUGUUCACCUACGUGUGUAGGUAGUGAGCAGGAACAGCUGUUAACGCGUUAUAUAACAAGAUAGUUAAUAUUAUGUACUCCAUUCGACAGCAGUUUUAGAAUUUUUAUACAUACAUAUAUGGAUGUGUAAGAAAACAAGUGACAGAGUUUCACUGAUCGAAAUCUUACGGCAGGAAAAGGGCUGAGCUCAUGUCGGACGACGAUUCGGUUAACAAUGAUGCUUGUAGCAUCGGUAGCGGCCAGUCGGACAAUCGAAGCAUCAUGGAUGAUGUUAACGCUAAUGACAGCGAGGUGGAUGAGAUAGCUCAACAAGAGGCGAUGGAAGACAAGCUCAGGGAAGCAAUUGACGGUCUAAACCAGAAGUGUGCUAAAUCAAGGACAACUUGCUUUAAUGGGGUCGAAAAAGCUUUCACCCUUAAAUACAUUCCAGACUUUGUAGAGGAUAGAAAAAUGACAAUCACAGACAGCAUAGAAAGAGCCUUAAAAAAAGGACGAGGCGAAGAACAAUCCGCCGCAGCUAGAUUGGCUAACUUAGUUUGCGUACAACUUGGAGCUUUUGACAGUGCUGAAAUGAUAGGCAAAGAUCUAAAGACUGUAUUUAUCACUACUGCCAAUGAUAAGUCUAACUCUCCAUCUGCCAGAGCUGAUUGUUACUGGGCUCUUAGUAUGACACAGUUUUUAUCAGGCAACGAUGCGGCAGACACUAUUGAAAUCAUGCAGCUUUUGUUAAGCGUAUUCUAUGAUUCUGCUUCUGUUAAUCUUCCGGCUAUGCAGGCUACAGUUCUGUCUGCUUGGACGCUACUUUUAACUCUUGUGGCACCUUCAGAUGUUUACAACUUGAUUAACAGCGAUACAACUGACACCUAUAUGCUAUCCUUGAAUCAGCUGCGAGAUUUAUUAGAGUCACCUCACCUAGAAUUGCGUCUAGCAGCCGGAAAUGCAUUAGCUGUGAUAUUUGAACUUGGUCGCGAGUACUCUGAUGACGAUGAUGAUGAAGUUUUGGAAGCAAUGGAUCUUAUCACCAUCCUAAAAGAUCUAGCUACCGAUUCAAACAGACACAGGGCUAAAAAGGAUCGUAAACAACAGAAAGCCAAUUUUAGAGAUAUACUGCGAUACAUAGAGGAUGAUGAAUUUCCGGAACUACAAGUUAAAUUUGGACAUGAAACGCUCUAUUUGGAAGACUGGUGCUCCCGAAUUCAGUACGCAGCAUGCUGCCGCAUGCUUGGAUCUGGUCUCAACAUUCAUUUAGCUGAAAAUAAACUCCUUCGAGAGAUCUUUGCUUUGGGAGAAAGAGUCUUGACCCCUCAGUCCGCUCAGAGGCGGAGCAACAAACACGAAAGAAGUCUUUUGAAUGCGGCUGCAUUUAAAGCUCGAACCAGACAGCGCAACAAGAACCGUGACAAGCGCUCUGCAGCUCUUGCUUCCUAAUUUGAUUUUGAUUAUAAAAUCCUGACUAUGAUCUAUGCAAGUGAUAGCAUUAUGGAAAUUAUUAUUUAUUUAGCCAAUCUAAUAAUGAAAUUGGAACCGGAUGUUAGCCAUUCCAGAGGUAUACCAACUUUGAGAAAUUAUUGUACAUAAAAAAAUUUACUGUAACUUUUUAACGUAAAAAAAAUCUUCUUGGAAUAUAAUCACUGCGAAUUUCUGGAAGGGAUUAAAUAUGCAUUGUAAUGAUAUUGUGCAAUAUCUUCGUAAUAUUCGGACGUUGAAUAGGUAUAUGUAUAUGUAUACAAGAUUCUUUCAACUCAAUAUUGUUAUUUAAAGCUAUCAUUAAACAAACUAAUUCAGGAAA